CAUUUUUUAUACGCUGGAAACUGCAAUCCGAGGAAAGCGCUUAUUCGUUACCGGGGUCACGUGAUAUUAAGAUAACGCGCACAUACUGUUGAUAUUUGGGUAAUGAUAAACCAAGUCACGGGUUGUACAUUGCUACCACGGGUUAUUUUCUCCGUCAGGUCUGGCAAAGAGCCUGCCCAAUUAAACUGAUUUCUUGCUCGAGAGUCCAGAGAGUAUAGAGAAACCAAUACGUGGGCGAAAUCUCUAUUUAUAGCAUUUGUAAUAAGACGUAUUGGUGAGUUGUUCACCACAGUUCAAGAAUACUAGUUUUUGUUUACAACUUAGUUUACGUUAGCCUUUGAUUGCUUGAAAUACUCAGUUUAUACUUUCCAGUUUUUAGUCCGUUUUGUAAGUUUUUCCAGAGUUCAUUUAAAUCUUUCAGCGUCAUGGCACAGCAAAGCAAUGUUAAAUCCCCUUUAUUGGAUAACCAAUACGACAAUACGUACGCGGCGACAGCACCGCCGUCUUACAACGCACAACCACCGCAAGUUCAGCAACAUAUUCAGUAUCAACCAAUGCCAAUACAGAACCAGCCAUACAGCUCGACCACUACUAGUGUUGUGGUAACUCACCAGCCCUCGGGUCGAGUAUGGAGAUCUGGGAUCUGCGACUGUUACAAAAACUGCGGCGUGUGCAUGUGUGUGUAUUGUUUCCAGCCAUGUUACACCGUCGGUCUCGCAAAGAGGAUGGGUGAAAGUUGUUGUGUAGGAAUGCUUACGCCUGGAAUGUCAGCUCUGCGAACAAAGUUCCGAAUGACCCAUGGCAUUCAGGGCACAGUGCUUGAGGAUGCUUGCGUGUCGAUGUUCUGUUCUCCGUGUGCGGCUUGUCAGCUUGGCAACGAAAUGGCAGCUGAAAAUUACCCAACCAAUAGUUGUGCACCGUGUUAAGUUGGGUAUAAACGUUCACCAAGCGUCAGUGUUGCUGUUAUACUCUUAUUAAUGUAUUUUAUCUGAUUCAAUUUGCAUUGUUCCAAUCAUAAACAAUGUAUAUAAUAUGCCGAAAUAAAACUCAUAUAGUUCC